AUGCUUCUAUUCCAUAUUUUCUUGGGGGCUUUUCUUCUAAGCCUUGUUUCAUCAGAGGAACUUGCCAGUACCCAAAUAUGUUUUUCGGCUGUCUAUGGGGCAUAUAGGUCUAUAACUUUUGCAGGGCCCCCUGGUGAGGAAUACUGGAUUACGCUCUGCCGAAACCCUCUGAAGGUGGGAUCAAUAUACGCAUCUGCAAAAGUCCACUGCAAGCCCGAAGAGAUAGCCCCUGGAGCAGCUGUUCUCGAGGAGUAUUGUGAGAAAUAUGCCUUUCAACCGUUGUUGCCGAUGUCAGAUUUUUCUGCCAAUCUUACAAACGAAAUUAUUGCCAAAAUGCGAGUCGUCGAAAACGGAGAAAUACCUCUAACAGAAAUUAUUACUACACCAAUUCUAAUUUCAAAGAAAUUUUUUGAUCUCUCUUUAAAGACAAUUGUUGUAUAUGCCGGUGAAGUACGAACCCGCCACGCCCAUGGAUACGCAAUGUAUGGCAUCUGGGGCAUCAUUCUUAUCCUUGGGAUGCUCAAUAAUUUUUGCUCUUGGGUUAUUUUCAGGCAGUUGAAAAGAAAUAGAGAUGACUUGGAAGGCAAUAACGCCAUUACGCACAAAAAUAUAUCUGGAUUUCUUAAGCCACUACGAUAUAUGUCCAGUUGGAUCCGAACACACCUGACAAUUCCUAGCGCCUUUGGUUCCUAUCACUUGCGGACCCUAUACGGGUGUGACAUGCCGACAAGAAUAGAUUCAAUUGUGAUAUUCUCCUAUUGGCUGAUAAUUACCAUCUUAUGUUGUGUCAAUUACGAACUAUUCGCUGGUAAUUUAUAUUGGCCAACCACAAAUAUACAACUGUGCCGCUACGUUGCAGAUCGUACUGGAGUUCUAUCCUUCGCAAAUCUGCCUCUUAUCUGGAUUUUUGCAGGGAGAAACAACAUAUUUCUUUGGGCUACAGGAUGGAGUUUCCGAACGUUUAGUAUCUUCCAUAGACAAGCCUCUCUCGCCACAACAUUGCUAGCUAUUGCUCACUCUGUUGCGUAUACAGUGCUAUAUUUCCUUGAAGGUGGCUCUGCGGGAUAUAUAGCAGCAUAUAAAGAGCAAUGGUUUUACAUGGGAGUUGUUGGAACUGUAUCCAUGAGUUUCUUGGUAAUAUUUUCGUGUCUAUGGUUUCGGAGGAAAACAUACGAAGUAUUCCUACUCAUUCACAUUGCGUUAUCUGUUGUGACAAUUGUGUCCAUGUUUUCCCACAUAUCAAUCUUUACUGGUGAAUAUGACCCUUAUCUAUGGCCCCUUGUCGCCAUUUGGGGAUUUGACAGAACUUUGCGCCUGGUUCGAAUCGUAUACUGCAAUUUCCGCGUCCAAUUCGCUGGGAAAUACCUUCAAUAUACCAAGGCUGAGGCAUGUUAUGAUAGAGUUUCGGAUAUCAUUAGACUCGAAGUGAUACCAGGUGCCACUGGCAUCUCCCAAAAGCCUGGGCGAUAUUAUUUUAUCUAUCAGCCUUUUAGAUGGACUGGGUAUGAGAGCCAUCCGUUUACACUCGGAGCGUGGGCUGAGUCACCCGAAUCAGUCAAGGAACAGUGCGCAAAAUCGGACUCCUCUUCAUCUUCACUCAACGAAAAUAAUAAAGGCAGGGAAAUAUAUACUGCUACUGAGGCGUCAGGAAUUCAGAAAUCCUGCAAUAGUCGACCCAAGGAGGUCAAAUAUAUAUUUUGGAUAAGGCCGCUAAAUGGGUGGACCCGUCAACUUCGCCAGCAAUGCUUAAAAUCAGGUGGCACUGCUGUCUCAAAACAAUUUUUACUAGAGGGUCCAUACGGUGAAACUACCCCUCUUUGGGCCUUUGAAUCCGUACUCUUCAUCGUUGGUGGUACCGGUAUCGCCGCAGCUGUUCCUUAUAUCCAGGAUCAUAUCCGACGCGCAUCUUCAACCGGUGCAGGUACAUGUACAAAAGACAUAACGCUCAUUUGGUCUGUUCGGCAGGCUUCUUUCAUACAUCAGGUAGCAUCGAGGGAGCUACGGUCCGCAUUCGGUCGAGAAGAUUUUAAUGCAUCAUUCCACUUGACCUCUCGUGACAAAAAUACCACGCCAAUUGUCUCUUUCUCCGCUUGCACUGAAGCAAUCACGCCAUUAGACACCCCUUCUGCUAAUGUUAAAACAAGUGAUGAUAGCUCACAAGCUCUACCUACAGAGUUGAAAUACAAAGUGAAAUAUGGCAGACCAAGCAUGAAGACGGUCAUUAUAAACAGUGCAAAAAGUGCUAGCAUGACUAGUUCAAAGCUUGCGGUGCUAGUUUGUGGACCUGAUGCCCUAGCAGAUGAAGCGAGAGAGGCAGUUCACUACGCUAUGCUUCAGGGGUACCGACAGAUAGAGUAUAUCGAGGAUGCAUACAGUUGGUAG